ACCUCUCUUUUCUAUUUUCCCCAUCUUUCUCCUUCUCUUUUUUCGCAAAACCCUAUUCACCUUUUCACUCAAUGAAAACCUUUCCCUAUCAAAUUUGCAGGCUCAACUUUUCAGAUUGCUUGCAACUAUGGUUUUGCUCCAAUCAAUACAAACCCUGUCUCUCUUCAUUUUCCUUCCGAAAAAUAAACCAAUUUCCUAACUCUUUCUCUGAUAUUGUUGUUCUUCUGAUUUAUGUGCAUGCAGUUUUGUUAUUGAAUUCGGUUGUUGGUCGAUGGGUUUGUUGUUCGUUGAGGGUUUGUUUCUGAGUUCACGAUGAUGAAUAUGAUGUUGAUGGUGACGCUGAACACGUUUGCUGAUUAUACCGUGAUGUUGAUUCUGAACCGUUAAUGGUUGUUGCUGAGGGUUACGAUCGUGAAAAUUAAUGAUGUGUUGGUGACGCUGAAAGUCACAGUAAAUCGGUGAGAUCUUUCUUUGUUUUUUGGUAUUUUGAGUUAUAUAAUCUCUCUUCUUCUUUCAAUAUUUUCUGAAGGGUUUGUGUAAAAAAUGAGGAAGAUGAUGAUGAAAUAGGGUUUCAUGAGUGUUAGUGUUGUAUCAGGUUUACUGAAUAUGAACUGCGUUCUUUUUUUUCUUCUCAUUGUUUUUGGAAAUUUUGUAUAGAUGAGGAUGACGAUGAUGAUGAAAUUUUAGGAUUUUGAAUCGUAAUCCAUUGGUACUGAACCGUAACUGUGAUGUUAUUGUUGAUUUUCUGCAGUGAAAAAAUUUAACUUAGAUGUUAACUUAUUCUGUUUCUCUUUACUGUGAACCAAAGUUUAUUUGUGAUUUGUAGUAAAGAUUAGGCCGAUGAUUGUUCUGUGAAACUGUAUGAGGCCUUUAAACAUGAUUUGAAUCAUUCCCCUUAAAAAUUCUGAUUCCUUCACAUAAACCCUAAUGAUGAAUUAUGAAUCUUCUUGAGACUUCUUAUUCAUAUUCAUGUUUGUUCUAACAUUACUUCACUUUCUCUUUUCAUGUGAUAACGAUCGAAAUUGGCACAAACAAUGAGAAGUUGCUGAAUGAUGAGUUUUACAUUGGCCUUAGACAUAACCGAGCAACUGGGAAGGAAUAUGCGGAGCUUCUAGACAACUUUAUGCAUGCAGUUAAGCAGAACAAUGGAGAGAAAAUUAUUGUGCAGGGGGUUUUGGUCUGGCUUUGUGGGGAUGUCACGUGCAGCAAGGUGCUUCCGGGUCGUCAAGUUGGGUUGCACGGUUUUGUGUGAAAGGCCGUGUUUUUCGAUUUCGGUGUGAGGGAAAUUGCUUGAUUGUGUUGAUAAUGAGGAAGAGAGAGAGGGAAAACCCUUGUGGUGUAUGUGGACACUAUCACAAAUAUGAAGAAGGUGGAGUGUGUUCGAUUUGUGGGCAUAGGGUUCCUGUUGGAUCGGAGAAAAGUUCGAUUCAAGUUAGUGCUUUUCCUUCUGUGAUCUUGCCAGAGUUUCUUUACUUGGGGAGCCAUGAUAAUGCUUCGCGCUCUAAGCUUCUUAAAACUCAGGGGAUUUCACAGAUUCUCAAUACCGUCCCUUCUUGUCAAAACUUUUACAAGAACUCAUUUACAUAUCACUGCCUCCCGGAUGACAAAGGUUUCCAAUUUGAUGAAGCAAACCAGUUUCUAGAGAGAAGAAAAAUUUAACAUGGACUGCACGAUAUGCAAGUUGCAAUACUCACUUAGAGUCUAUUGGUUAUGUUCUUAUGUACUUCUUAAGAGUAAGGUAUGUUUCUUCCUAUUCAUUAUAAUUUACUUAGCAUAUGGAAUUUUAUAAAAUGGUGCAUGUGAGUAUCAAUUGCACAUACUUUUAAGUUAAACAACUGUAGCAUAGUCAAUGUUUACUAUUAUAGUGAAACAAGAUCAAUCACAAUCUCUCGAUGAAAAAGACAAUAUUGAAGAGCAGUCUAAGCAAUUACAGCUCCCGAAGAAGGAUUUAGAUGUGUGCUUAGAAAUAAUGUUUUGAAGGCAAACUGCAUUUUUUCUGUGAUCUGCCAUUGAAAGCAUCGUCGCCUGUGUUUUUUUUUCUUCCGUUAGAUAGUGGUUGGUUGUCUAGGAUUUAAUAAAUUGUUAUUAAUGGGAAUAGUUUUUGGAUAGUGUGAAGUAAUGGUGAAAGUUAGAAAGUAUAAAACACAUAGUACAUAAGACCAUGUGCAAUGGUGUGUUUAAUUAAACUCAACAUGGCAAAAUCAUGUGCAAUGGUGUGUUUAGAGUAGUGUUGAGUGUGUGUUGGAGGAGAGAGAUGUUGAGAAAACUCAACACUAUGUACACUGACGCAGGGGCUGACGUGGCUGGUCUUGAUUGGCUGGCCAGAUUUUUAUCCAUUUAAU